UGGGCACGGCUUUGGUUACCAAAUGGGCAGACUGCACGUUCGUCUUGGAGAGAAAAACUCAAACUCCUUGAGAAGACACGUAUGUCACGCAAUAUCAAGGCACUGUACUACACACAACUGGCUGUCAAUGUCACAGGACAGAAUGCAGAUGACUCGGAGGAGGAUGUGGAUGACAAUGACAAUGAAUGGCACUUCAAGAAUGUUGCAGUUGUGCAGAUGUACUCCGUCCCCAACAAAGACCUUCUCAAGCUCUCAUCACAGACCCUCGUAUCCUGCACACUCCUUGAUGAUAUUCUGGCAAUUGAUGUCAAGGAUAUUGUUAGUGUUAUUGCCAUGGUUCCACAUAUGCCAACACUACCAUCUGGAGUUAUGGAGAGUCAGUUUUUUAUGAUGGAGCGACCAUGCUUAGAAAUUUCGAACCUGGGAGUACCAUAUUCUGGUUUUGAUAUUGGAGGUGGCAAUGAGCCAGAGGAUGAUGACAAUGAUGAUGGUGCUGAUCUUGAGUAG